GAUAAAGUCAGAGAAAGAGAGAGAGUGAGAGAGAGAGAGAGAGGGGGGGGGUGAGAGAGAGACUCACCAUCGCCCACACUCCACAGUGCCACAGUCAACAGUCAACGCGGCAACGCCAAACCAAGAGGACGUGCCCCAUCUGUCUGUCUGGAGCGUGGCGGUACUAGGAGGCUGCAACACGCCGUCACAACAAGGAGUGUCAAGAUGGUGUCGAAAUGUGUAGUGGCGAUGGUGGCGGUGAUGGUGACGUUGGCGGUGCAAGUCCUGGGAGUCGAAAACGGAUCUCUGCCGGAAGACGCACUACGUGAUGCUCUCCUGAAGAACUACAACAAGAACAGCUUCCCCUCCACCCCCAUGAACAUUGACGUCACUAAGUUCUCAGUCCUCGGCGUUGUUAUGCACGGGCAGAUUAACAUGGUCGAUCUUCAUGCCUGGUUUGGUUUCGUAUGGAAUGACCAACGACUACAGUGGGACCCAGCACAACACAGUAACAUCGACAGGUUGGGUGUUGACUCCAGUACUGUGUGGAAGCCUGACCUAACCAUGUACACUAUUGGCAGUCAAGACCAGAAGCACUUAAUGGAGUCUGACGAACAAGUGGUGGUGGACUCUCUCGGCAAAGUGAUAUUCGUGCCACCAAUGUUCAUCCGGGUGCCGUGUGUGCUGGACAUGACGUACUGGCCUCACGACAUUCACAAUUGUAAGAUUAAAAUUGGCUCCUGGGUCAACCACGCCGGCCUGGUGGACCUGAACACGGACAACUUUGUCUAUAGCUCGGAGAUGGAGACGGUGGAAGACGCUAACGGCAACAACAUGACAACGACACAGUGGCAGAUAACGGAUGUGACGCCAGAGAGAAUAUCGAAGAAGUAUGACUGUUGUCUGGAGAAUUAUGUGCACCUUCAAGUCUCCUUCAAGUUGAAACGUGACGCCCCUGCCUACUGCUGGACCGUUAAGGCACCUGUUGUGUGUUUAAGUAUCCUGACGGUAGUGUUGUUCCUACUGCCACCGAAAGCUGGGGAGAAGUUGGUCUUCGGUGGAUUGUGUCUCAUUCUGGACUUGCUCUUCAUCGCCUACACGUCCAACAUCGUCUCUUAUGCUCCCUCUCGUGCACCACUCAUAAUUCAGCUGGUGAGUCAACAAUUGAUACUGACGGUGGUGAGUGUCAUAUUGGCAGCGUUGGUGGUGAGGUUGGCCAGAGGUCCUCACCCCUCCCCCUUACCUUCCUUCCUCAAGACCCUGAUAAUGAAGCUGUCUACCGUUCUUUGCCUCUCCGGCUACGCCAAACUUGUGACUGAGAGUGAGCAAGACAUGAGCUCGAAGAGGAAUGAGGUUGAGAUGGCUGAGGGAGGAGGGGAGAGGCGAAGUGAUGACGCUCACAAUGUCAACAAGAACCAGUGGCUCCUCUUGGCUGCCAUGCUCGACCGUCUUCUCCUCUUCAUCUUCCUUCUCGCCUGCAUCGUCCUCCUCAGCAGGUUCUCCAGCAUUCUGUAGUAACACUUGGGGUGCCUCCUGAAGCCAUCCAGCGCCACCACAAGUGCCCAGCUCUCGGCCAGACUAAACCACUCAACAGUACACAUGACUCACCUUACGUGGCCUUAGCCCAUUUGUGUCACAUUAUAACACAAUUGCUUACAAAGGUCUCUUGUUACUGAGGACUUGUGUGUGUUACAUUAAGUGUUCAUUAUACUACUUUAAUUCUACAGUGGAAUAUGUUUAUAAUACUUCUAUGUACUUUUAUUUAGUAGUUUGAGUUUGCAUAAUUGUUUUAGAUAUAAUUGCAUGCAAGAUGUAUUGUACUACAAGUGAGCCGUAUUUCUGGGCUCUCAGUAUUAAUGUUACCUCACCAGCCAAUCUUGAAAUGUAAACACACUUGACCACAUGUUUUACGGUUUUGUGAUAAUGUACAGCCCCCCCCCCCCCCUCCAGGGUGUGGGCGUGGUUGAGAGUAAGAAGGGAGUAAGGGAGUACUGGGAGAAAUAACAUUGACGCCAUCAACCAAUGAACAAAUAUCCUGUAAGGAAGGCGUCAGUUGUCCACAAGUAAAGACGGAAGCAAUUUUAAGUCUUUCUUUUUACAGCUCAUAUCACUGAAUAGAGAUAGAGAGACAUUUUGAGAUUUGACUGAGAAUUUUUAGAUAUUUGAGUCUCGGAAACACAGAGAGAGACAGAAACAGACAUGAAGAAGCCAAUGGGGAGGGGGGGGGGUCAUUACAGAUAUCCCUCUUCCCUGACCCCCUUCUUUCAGGUGACAAUUAACUCAAUAUAAAUGCAUCUGUUGAAUAUUAUCAAUUUCAGUAUAUUUCAAUUACUGUUCCAUUCAAAAUAAUAAUAACAUAUGCUUGC